GACACCGACAGGAUGCACUACGGAAGCCGAAGGGCCUCCCAGCCGCGCGCCUUCGCUCCAGCUCCCGGGCGUCAGCACAAAGCCGUCGGCAGGCCGCGCAGCCGCCACCUGCGGCAAGGGCUCGCCCUCCCGAGGCUCCGCCCCGCGCCUGCGGGCGCCGCCAUGUUGGGGGUCCUCGGCGGGGGCGCGUAGGCGUCAGCACAGGGUGCCGGCCCGCGCGCGCCGCGGCCCCCAAGAUGGCGUCCAUGCGGGAGAGCGACACGGGCCUGUGGCUGCACAACAAGCUGGGCGCCACGGACGAGCUGUGGGCACCGCCCAGCAUCGCGUCCCUCCUCACAGCCGCCGUCAUCGACAACAUCCGCCUCUGCUUCCACCGCCUCUCGUCGGCCGUGAAGCUCAAGCUACUGCUCGGGACGCUGCAUCUCCCGCGCCGUGCGGUGGACGAGAUGAAGGGCGCCCUCCUGGAGAUCAUCCAGCUCGCCUCCCUGGACUCGGACCCCUGGGUCCUCAUGGUUGCCGACAUCCUGAAGUCCUUUCCUGACACGGGAUCACUGAACCUUGACCUCGAGGAGCAGAACCCCAACGUUCAAGAUAUUUUGGGAGAGCUCAGAGAAAAGGUGGGUGAGUGCGAGGCAUCCGCCAUGCUGCCCCUGGAGUGCCAGUACCUGAACAAGAAUGCCCUGACCACACUGGCUGGGCCGCUCACGCCGCCCGUGAAGCACUUCCAGCUGAAGCGCAAGCCCAAGAGUGCCACACUGCGUGCCGAGCUGCUGCAGAAGUCCACUGAGACGGCGCAGCAACUGAAGAGGAGCACGGGGGUGCCGUUUCACGCCAAGGGCCGCGGGCUGCUCCGCAAGAUGGACACCACAACCCCACUCAAAGGCAUCCCGAAGCAGGCGCCUUUCCGGAGCCCCACCACGCCCAGUGUCUUCAGCCCUGCCGGGAACCGGACCCCAAUCCCCCCGUCCAGGACCCCGAUGCAGAAGGAAAGGGGUGUGAAGCUCCUCGACAUCUCCGAGCUGGGCACGGUGGGCGCUGGCCGUGAAGCCAAGCGGCGGAGGAAGACACUUGAUGCAGAAGUGGUGGAGAAGCCUGCCAAGGAGGAGACGGUUGUGGAGAACGCCACCCCGGACUAUGCAGCUGGCCUGGUGUCCACGCAGAAACUUGGGUCUCUGAGCAGUGAGCCUGCACUGCCGUCCACCAGCUACCUGCCCUCCACGCCCAGUGUGGUCCCCGCAUCCUCCUAUGUCCCCAGCUCUGAGACGCCCCCAGCCCCGUCAUCCCGAGAAGCCAGCCUGCAGGCCAGCCGGCCCCCCGAGGAAGCCAGCACCCCAAGCCCCACGCUGCCUCCACAGUUCAAGCAGAGGGCUCCCAUGUACAACAGUGGCCUGGGCCCGGCCACACCGGCACCUGCGGCGCCCACCUCACCCUUGACGCCCACCACACCCCCGGCUGUGGCCCCCGCUGCCCAGACACCUCCCGUGGCCAUGGUGGCCCCACAGACGCAGCCCCCUGCGCAGACACAGCCUAAGAAGAACCUGUCCCUCACACGAGAGCAGAUGUUCGCUGCACAGGAGAUGUUCAAGACUGCCAACAAGGUCACGCGGCCCGAGAAGGCCCUCAUCCUGGGCUUCAUGGCGGGCUCCAGAGAGAACCCAUGCCAGGAGCAGGGGGACGUUAUCCAGAUCAAACUCAGCGAGCACACAGAGGACCUGCCCAAGGCUGAUGGCCAGGGCAGCACCACCAUGCUGGUGGACACGGUGUUCGAGAUGAACUACGCCACAGGCCAGUGGACGCGCUUCAAGAAGUACAAGCCCAUGACCAAUGUGUCCUGAGCACCUAGCCGCCCUGCCUUCCAGUUCCAGGGGUCAGCAGCCCGCCACUUGUGCCCUGCUGGCCCUGGCCUAUUUAAGUCUUAGAUCGUUUCUCUGGGUGUUUGGAGCUUAUUUUUUAUAUUUUACUAUGGGUUACUUUUUGUGUGAUCAAGAUACUUUUUUGGAUUCAAUAUUACAUUUUUGAAUGUUAAAGUUAACCAAAAAAGUUGUAACUUCCUAAUUCUAGUGCCUGUUAGACUUUUACCUUUUUAAUUUUUUUUCUUAAAUUCCACUGACCAAGUGCGAGGGUUUCUCCUUGCUGCUGUGCUGCCCUCCUCAAGAGGGUGAGAGGGGACCAGAGGAGGCACCUGGCACUGACUGGGAUGGCCCUGGAUGGCCCUGGCAGUGCUCGAGUCGGAACAGAGCCACGGGGCCUUGUGCACUGCCAGUGCCUGCCAGUUUUGUAUUUGUCUUUUGUACAGUUGUGGACACUUGGGCCCCAUCUCCAGGGACCUGCUCUCAUGUAAGACUGUGUGUGAUUAAAGUUGAACUUUUCUACAGGAA